AUGCUCUGGGACUUCAGGCUCGUGCUGCUGCUCGCCAUCGCGCCGCCGGCUGCAGCUGGAAUUAAAGAGAGCGGCGUGCGGCUGCACCCGGGCCCGAGGACGGAGGCCGGCGCCCCCGGACGCUUGGUGGAGCUGCUGAAGACUUCGACCCGCAGCAGAGGUUCUGAGGUCGGCCGGCGUCGACCCAAGAGGUCGGUGUUCCUCCACUCGGGCGUGAGGAUCUGUCCUCAGGAGACCGUCAGCGAGGUGCUGGCCAGCCACCAGGCGUACUACCAGCUCCGAGUGUGUCAGGAGGCCGUGUGGGAGGCCUUCAGGAUCUUCUUCGACAGGAUCCCCGGCACCUCAGAGUAUCAGCGCUGGGUUCACACGUGUCAGCAGGAGUCGCUCUGCAUCUCCGACCUCGCCAAGAACUUCAGCAGCACCGAGGAGCACAUCGGCAUGGUCCGCAUGAGGAUGAGUCGGCUGAGAGACAGGAGGCCGCCAUCACGUCGAGGAUCAACGACUCCGGCACCGAAGCUCCCUGAGAUCCAAGGUGCAGCGGUUGAGACGCUGGGCGUCACCAGCACCAGCGCCCCCCCCAGCCCAGUGAGCGCCCCCCCCAGCCCCGGCCUGGAGCACACCCCGCCCGAGGAGGAGGUGAAGGAGGAGGAGGCGGAGCUUCCUAACGUGGUCCCGGAGAGUCCGGUGGAGCAGAUGGUGGAGUUCAGCAUCGACCUGGUGGAUCCGGGCUACAGAGAACUGCUGGACGACCCCGACUCGCCUCAGUACAUCGACCUGGCUCAUCACCUGCAGGACCAGAUGCAACACGUGUUCGACCAUCUCCCAGGAUUCAAAGGAAUCCACGUUGUGAGAAUCAGGCCUGGAGGAAUCUCCGUGCACUACUCUCUGCUCUUUGAGAUCAAUUCUCCUAAAAUCAACUCGGAGAACUCCGAGACGGCGUCCGGCGAACCGGAGUCCAGCGCCGCCGCCGCCCUCAGGGACCUGGUGACCACGGCGUUACGGGAGGAGGCGUCGCUGCCCAUCGACCUGGACUCGCUCAACUUCCAACCAGAGAUGAUUCACCUUCCAGCACUGACCUCUACCUCCUCAGUAGAAGUCGUGGACGAGUCCAGCGAGCCGGACUCACACAACGAGUUGGAGGUCCUCACCGAGGAGCCGGAGGUGGAGAAGCCUCGUCUGGAGGUUCCUCUCACUCCCAUGGAGAAGGAGAACGCCCUGGUGACCCUGCUGGACCCCACGGCUCCAUCGAGUGAAGACGAGAAGGAAGAAGAACGUCUGAUCAUUACACACGAGAUCGAAACCAUUCAUCACCAUGAAACCGGCGAGCUGGUGAGAGACUUCAUCGCGACCCCGACCGACGCUGCGUUCGUCCGUCUGUCUCCAAACCGGAUCUCAGUGGAAGACCUGAAUCCUGUCGAGAGCGAAGAUCCUCAGUUCACCUCGACUCCUCAGUUCCUACUGACCACAGCUCCUGCUGGAGAGGAACCAUCUGACCUGGGUCUAGCUGUCACGACCAUCUCAGCCAUCACAGGCCAGACGCCCACUGACACCACAGGGACUCUCCUGGAGGUCGAGGAGGAAAACAAUCUUCCAGAAGAGGAGGAGGUGGAUCUGACUGUCCAUGAACCUGAGGGAGAACCACAGGAAGCAUUAGGAGCCGAGGUUUACGAGGUUCUGCAGCCAAAUCCUGAAGGAGCUGAGGUCUCUGAACCAGAAGAAGAGAAUUUAGAAGAUUUAGGAGCAAACUUGGAAGUUUCUGAGUCAGAGGGAGAGUCUGUGGUGGAGACUCCAGAGGAGCCAGAAGAACCUGAGGUUCCAGGGAUGGAGGAGGAGGAACUCGAAACAGCAGUUGAAGUUUUACAACCAGAUGAGGAAUUAGCUGAAGUUGCAGAAGUUAAAGUUGAUGUAGAUGAAACAAUUUCAGAAACAGAAGAGGUUCUCAAGGAAACUGUACCUGAGGUUCCUGAGGAAAUAGAAAUUCCAGAGGAAACUGUACCUGAAGUUCCAGAGGAAAUGGUACUAGACGUUCCUGAGGAAGCUGUACCUGAAGUUCCAGAGGAAACUGUACCUGACGUUCCAGAGGAAACUAGGAAACUGUACCUGAAGAUCCUGAGGAAGCUGUACCUGAAGUUCCAGAGGAAACUGUACCUGACGUUCCAGAGGAAACUGUACCUGAAGAUCCUGAGGAAAUGGUACUUGAAGUUCCUGAGGAAAUACUACCUGAUGUUCCUGAGGAAACUGUACCUGAAGUUCCUGAGGAAAUGGAAACUGUACCUGAAGAUCCUGAGGAAGCUGUACCUGAAGUUCCAGAGAAAGCUGUACCUGAAGUUCCAGAGGAAACUGUACCUGAAGUUCCUGAGGAAACUGUACCUGAAGUUCCUGAGGAAACUGUACCUGAAGUUCCUGAGGAAACUGUACCUGACGUUCCUGAGGAAGCUGUACCAGAACUUCCUGAGGAAAUACUACCUGACGUUCCUGAGGAAACUGUACCGGAAGUUCCUGAGGAAGCUGUACCUGAAGUUCCUGAGGAAACUGUACCUGACGUUCCUGAGGAAACUGUACCUGAAGUUCCUGAGGAAGCUGUACCUGAAGUCCCUCAGGAAACUUUACCUGAAGUUCCUGAGGAAACUGUACCUGAAGUUCCUGAGGAAACUGUACCUGACGUUCCUGAGGAAGCUGUACCAGAACUUCCUGAGGAAAUACUACCUGAAGUUCCAGAGGAAACUGUACCUGAAGUUCCAGAGGAAACAGCUUCAGAAGUCAGAAUCAAAGGACUUGGUAGAAGAAGCUCCAGAAGCAGAAGAGGAGGCUGUUGAGGUCCAGGAACUGAAUCCAGAGGUGGAAACAGUUGAGAUGUUAGAACCCCAAAUUAAAGAAGCUGUUACUGAGCCACCAGCAGAAGCCAUUAAAAUCCUUUACCCACUGGACUCUAUGGAGGACCUUCACUUUGGAGAGGACCUGUUCGAGGUUGUGGAAGAUAACGAGUUCCUUCAGCCUGUGGGACCUGACGACCACCACCUCCUGGAGGAAGACAAUCUACCCGUCCUCCUCCAUCCUUCGGUGGAGGAGGUCGGAGAACCUGAUCAGGAGAAUCCCAUCGUGGAUCCUUUCUCUGUUGAGGAGGAAGUGGACGUCUCCGACCCGAGGGUGGAGAGCGACCUCCUCACCACUGGAGAAGAAGCAGAGUCUGAAGCGGCCUCAGUGAACGCAGCGUCGGCCGCUCCAGAGACGGAGGGGGCGGAGUCCUCCAGUGUGACGGCAGCUCCGGGUCCAGACGCCGUCCCGACCCCCCCGCUGUCUCCCGUGGACCAGUCCGAGGCGUCGCCCCCCCGCCCGACGGUGGACUCUGGACUCUUUGAGGAACCAGUGAUCCCCCCCGCUCCCGUGUCCUCAGAGGACGACAUCACGGCGCCGGACGAGAAACAACCGGCCGUGGUCAUCAUCGGUGAAGACCUGGAGGAGCCGGUGCAGACAGGAAGUGAGAUCACCACCAGCUCGCCGGCGGCGGCUGAAGACGGCGUGGACGAGGCCGUGCAGGACUUGGCCGUGGAGCUGGACCAAACCGACGUGGCGUCCACGGAGGCCAGCGAGCUGCCGGACGAGGGGAGUGGCUUCACAUGGGCGGGGGAGGAGCUCGCCACCGUAGGGGCCACGGCACAGACGCCAGUGAGAUACCUGACCACGCCCUCCAUGACCACGGCCAGCAACGGGCGGGAGCUGGUGGUGUUCUUCAGCCUCCGGGUCACCAACAUGGACUUCUCCGAGGAUCUCUUCAACAAGACGUCGUCCGAGUACCGAUCUCUGGAGAACACCUUCCUCCACAUGCUGAUGCCGUUCCUGCAGGCCAACCUGACCGGCUUCAGGAACCUGGAGGUCCUGAACUUCAGGAAAGGCAGCGUGGUCGUCAACAGCAAGAUGAAGUUCGCCAAGUCGGUUCCGUACAACAUCACCGAGGCCGUGACCUGCGUCCUGGAGGAGUUCUGCUCGGCCGCCGCCAGGAACCUGCACAUCCAGAUCGACACGCACUCGCUGGACAUCGAACCAGCCGAUCAGGCGGAUCCCUGCAAGUUUCUGGCCUGUGACGAGUUCUCUCGCUGUGAAGUGAGCGGCCGGACGAAGGAGGCGCGCUGCGUGUGCGAGCCCGGCUUCCUGUCGCUGGACGAGCUGCCGUGUCAGAGCGUCUGCGUCCUGCAGCCCGACUACUGCCGAGGCCGGGGGGCGUGUCACAUCCGGCGUGGCCACGGCGCCGUGUGCAGAUACGACAACAGGUACUCCCUCGCCGGCCGGGCCAGUUAA